AAAGUUCAGGAAGGGCUCUGAACUCUGGACUCGGGGAAAGCCUUGAGCAUGAGGUUGAUCCUGUUAUUGGGUGCCCUGUUUGGGCAUGUCUACUGUCAAGAAACAUUUGUGGGAGACCAAGUCCUUGAGAUCAUCCCAAGUAAUGACGAGCAACUUAAAAUUCUGGUGCAAUUGGAGACUGAAGAGCAUCUGCAGCUUGAUUUUUGGAAAUCACCCACCAUCCCCAGGCAGGCAGUCCAUGUCCGAGUUCCUUUUGUCAACAUCCAGGCGGUCAAAGUUUUCCUAGAGUCCCAGGGGAUUGCUUAUUCCAUCAUGCUCGAAGAUGUUCAAGUUCUGUUGGAUCAAGAGCGAGAAGAAAUGCUAUCCAAUCAGCGAAGAGAGCGCAGUGGUAACUUCAACUUUGGGGCCUACCAUACCUUGGACGAGAUUUACCAAGAAAUGGAUAACCUCGUGGCUGAGCACCCUGGUCUAGUGAGCAAAGUGAAUAUAGGUUCAUCUUUUGAAAAUCGGCCCAUGAAUGUGCUCAAGUUCAGCACCGGAGGAGGAGACAAGCCAGCCAUCUGGCUAGAUGCGGGCAUCCAUGCUCGAGAGUGGGUUACACAAGCUACUGCACUGUGGACAGCAAAUAAGCUUGCUUCUGAUUAUGGAACUGAUCCAUCCAUCACUUCCCUUCUGGAUACCCUCGAUAUCUUCCUGCUGCCUGUCACAAACCCUGAUGGAUAUGUGUUCUCCCAAACUACUAAUCGCAUGUGGCGAAAGACCCGGUCUAAACUGUCUGGAAGCUUCUGUGUUGGUGUGGAUCCUAAUCGGAACUGGGAUGCAAAUUUCGGAGGACCUGGAGCCAGUAGCAACCCUUGCUCUGACUCAUACCAUGGACCCAAGGCCAACUCCGAAGUUGAAGUGCAAUCCAUAGUGGAUUUCAUCAAGAGUCACGGGAGAGUCAAAGCUUUCCUUACUCUCCAUAGCUACUCCCAGCUCCUCAUGUUCCCCUAUGGCUAUCAAUGCACCAAGCCAGAGAGCUUUGCUGAGCUGGAUGAAGUGGCCAAAAAGGCUGCCCAGUCUUUGAAAAGACUGCAUGGUACCAGUUACAAAGUGGGGCCAAUCUGUUCCGUCAUCUACCAAGCCAGUGGCGGAAGCAUCGACUGGGCCUAUGAUUUUGGCAUCAAAUACUCAUUUGCCUUUGAACUGAGAGAUACAGGCACCUAUGGCUUCCUCCUGCCAGCCAAGCAGAUCUUGCCCACAGCAGAAGAGACCUGGCUUGGCCUGAAGACCAUCAUGGAACAUGUACGAGAUCAUCCCUAUUAGAGAUUUGCAGAAUAGACAAACACCAUUAAAAUCUCUGUGGUGUAGAGCAAAACUGGCUUCUGAUUAUUCCUUUACCUGUCCCUAAUCUGGAAACAGUAUUU